GAUCAAGAUGGUUCCCAUAUCAAAGGUUUAUUGAUUAAUUUCAUUCACCAUAAUUGGCCAUCUCUUCUGAGACAUCGUUUCCUAGAGGAAUUCAUUACUCCCCUUGUUAAGGUUUCCAAAAACAAAGAAGAAAUUUCUUUCUAUAGCAUUCCUGAAUUUCAGGAAUGGAAGAACAGCAAUCCUAACUACAAAAAUUGGAAGAUCAAAUACUACAAAGGUCUGGGUACCAGCACUUCAAAGGAAGCAAAAGAAUAUUUUGCAGCAAUGACAAAACAUCGAAUACCUUUCAAGUACUCUGGUCCCAAAGAUGAUGAUGCAAUCACCUUGGCCUUUAGUAAAAAAAAGAUUGACGAUCGAAAGGAGUGGCUGACAAACUUCAUGGAAGACCGAAGACAACGCAAACUUCUGGGUCUGCCAGAUGAUUACCUAUAUGGGAAAUAUACAAGUUACCUGACCUACAAUGAUUUUAUCAACAAGGAACUGGUUCUGUUCUCAAAUUCUGAUAAUGAGCGAUCCAUUCCAUCAUUAAUCGAUGGAAUGAAACCAGGUCAGAGGAAAGUUUUAUAUACAUGCUUCAAAAGAAAUGAUAAGCGGGAGGUAAAAGUAGCUCAGCUGGCUGGAUCAGUGGCAGAGAUGUCCUCUUACCACCAUGGAGAGACCUCACUGAUGAUGACUAUUAUUAAUUUGGCUCAAAAUUUUGUGGGCAGCAACAACCUGAACUUACUUCAACCCAUUGGUCAGUUUGGAACCAGGCUGCAUGGUGGGAAAGACGCUGCAAGCCCUAGAUAUAUCUUUACAAUGCUCAGUCCUUUGGCACGAUUAGCUUUCCCAGAAGUAGAUAACAACGUGCUGAAAUUUCUGUACGAUGAUAACCAACGAGUUGAACCUGAAUGGUAUAUUCCAAUCCUUCCUAUGGUCCUGAUCAAUGGUGCUGAAGGCAUUGGGACUGGCUGGUCAUGCAAAGUUCCUAAUUAUGACAUUCGAGAAGUGGUUAACAACAUUCGACGUAUGCUUGAUGGAGAUGCGCCAUUAACAAUGAUUCCUAGUUACAAGAACUUCAAGGGGACAAUAGAUGAAGUAGGGCAAAACCAUUUCCUUAUCAAUGGAGAAGUAUCAGUUCUUAAUUCAACUACCAUUGAAAUUUCAGAGCUUCCUGUUCGGACAUGGACACAGACUUACAAAGAACAGGUUCUGGAGCCUAUGCUAAAUGGCACAGAGAAGACUCCAUCACUCAUUACAGACUAUAAAGAGUACCACACAGACACCACUGUCAAAUUCAUCAUAACAAUGAGUGAGCAGAAACUAGUGGAGUCUGAGACUAUUGGUCUGCAUAAAGUCUUCAAAUUACAAACUCCUCUUUCUUGUAGCAAUAUGGUACUUUUCGACCAUGUUGGCUGCCUUAAAAAAUAUGAGACUGCAGAGGAAAUUCUAGAUGAAUUCUAUCAAGUCAGACUGCGUUAUUACGGUUUAAGAAAAGAGUGGCUCACUGGCAUGCUGGGUGCAGAAUCUGCAAAACUAAACAAUCAAGCUCGCUUCAUCCUUGAAAAAAUAGAAGGCAAAAUAGUGAUAGAGAAUAAGCCCAAGAAAGAAUUAAUAAAGGUUCUAAUUGAAAGGGGUUAUGAUUCUGAUCCAGUAAAGGCAUGGAAAGAAUCUCAACAGAAGGGCAAUGAUGAAAGUACAGAAGAAGAUACUGAUAAAGAAAAUGAAUCUACCACAGUCAGUGGGGCAGAUUUUAACUAUCUUCUGAACAUGCCCCUCUGGUACCUAACAAAAGAAAAAAAGGAUGACUUGUGCAAGCAGCGGGAUAAUAAAGAAGCGGAGCUGGAAAAAGUGAAACAGAAGGAUCCUACUGACUUAUGGAAAGAAGAUCUAGCUGCUUUUAUUGAGGAACUUGAUGUGAUAGAAGCAAAAGAAAAAGAGGAUGAGAUGUUAGGAAUCAAAGACAAACCCAACAAAGGGAAAGGAGGAAAAGCAAAAGUAAAAACCCUGAAGCUUCAGGAAAUCCUGCCUUCUCCCCAAGGGAGAAGAGUUAUCCCCCGAAUAACUGAACAGAUGAAAUUGGAGGCAGAAAAGAAAUUAAAAAGAAAAAUCAAGAGUGAAAAAAAUGAGUUUGAUGAGAAUCAAGAUUUCCCAGGGACCAGCAAGGAACCAAAGACUCUUAAACAACUAUUGACCCAGAAGGUGAAAAUGGAGCCAGAUGCCAAGAAACAGUCGAAACUGACAUUCAAGCCAAUUAAAAAACCAAUGACAGUAAAUCCUUGGAAUGACUCAGAAUAUGGAAAUGAAGGUUCUCCUGAUUCUGAGGUUGAUUUUUAUUUACAACGCCAAGUAGCAGAAACAUGUAUGCAGGAUUCUAAUUCAGAUACGGAGGGAAGUGCUUUGACUGAGGACUAUCCGAGAGCAAUAGUAAAACCAAAGGCUGUUGUUUCUAGGAAAACAAAGGAGAAGGUAGUUGAAUCCAAACCAACAGAAGUACAGAGCAGUGGUUUGGGCAACCAGCCUCCUGUUCAGGAACCUUUCACUAAGAAAAAGGCAAAAACAAAACACAUCAAGGCUAAGGGUCCAGAUUCCAAUUUUGAUGAUAUCCCCCAAAAGCUUACCAAAAUGAAGAAAGCUACUAAAAGAAGGAUGUCUUCAUCUUUCAGUAGUGAAGACUCUGAUCCUGAGUUUGGCCAAAGCCUUAAAAAAAGAAUAGCACUUAAGAAAUCCAAGGAUGUGGAUGAAUCAUUUGUCCUUGAUCUAAGCUCUGAUGAGGACUUUCCUCCUCAGCCCAAACCCUAUGAAAAACCACUUCGCACUAAGAAGCUGGUUCAAUAUCUGGAGCAGUCAGAUGAUGAUUCCUUCUAAUCUAACAACAAAAUAUAUUUGCAAUUCUUUUUAUUGUAGUUAAAAAUUAGCUCUUUAGUAAACAGAAAUUGAUUCCAAAUACUUUGCUUUUAACUAUGUGAUGGUAUAAAAUGUUAUUGUGGAUUUUCUAAUGCUGUAAAUAUUUUUCUGUGCCUUUUAUAGUUUUAGAAGUCAUUAUUAUUCUUGAUAAGACCAUAAAUAAU